GUCUCAGUGUGGUUGCAACGCUCGAUGAGAUGGGAAAAACGCUCGGAAAAAAUGUUCUAUGCAAAGUAAAUUUAAUCUGAAACCGUUCUUAGCGAAACCUUAAUAAGCGAGGGCGCAGCUCUGUGGGCGCGUUCCGCGAAUAUUUGUCUGCGAGUGACGAAGCUUUGAUGUGAAUUGGAAAGUGGAACACUGACCACAAGAACGCUUAGUGUUGAAUUCAAGUGAAAAAUUAUUACUAUUUGAGAAAUCUUUCAUCGUAAGGUAGUUUUGAAGAAGAUACAUCACAGAUUUUUUGUGACGAUCUUUGCUGCAAAAAAUUUGUUAUCAGAGCACGGUUAAUGUAGAAUGUUGUUUGACAUCCGCGGGACGCGAGCCCUAGUCCAGUAGUGGCGAGUUCGAUAUGAGCUCGGGCUUCUCUUCUUUGAAAAGCACUUCAUCAUCUGUGAACGUGGUGGUGGAUGCGCCUAUGGGAGUGAUGGGGGUUAGGUUUGAGGCUGCUUAUCCUCACGAGGCGUCCCUACAGCUAAGGAACAACUUGCAUUCGUCGUCAGCUUCGGCAGAAGGAACAACAAUCGUUUCGUCGUCACCCGAACCCUCGUCGCGCUCGCCGUCGUUGAGGUCUGACAGCGGCGGCAACUCGUCGCCUGACCGUCACGCGGACGAGAGCCAUUCGGGAUCACCUGCGCCUACUGAUCCUGCAAGAUCCCCCGAAUGCAGGGCUCCAUCCUCUGAUAUUUCCAUCAGUCCAAGGGAUCUGAUGAGCGCCAAAACAGAGACUGGCCCCACCACUGGGUUUUACACCUCCUCACCUAUUCAUGUGCACACCAGCGUUCCUCCGAUGACUGCCACCACAUCGCCUCCUCCGUUCCAACCCAUCUAUCCGCUGCCACUCAGAACAGGGGGUGGAUUGUCACCUCAUCAGACCCAAUAUCCAUCUGCCAUGCCUAUCACUCCGACGACCACUCCUCCUGUCACCGACACUUCCCUCAUGACUCAUUCACCGAUCACAAAUAUGCUGCCCUCCUACAUGUCACAUAUGAUGAUGAAUACCUCCUACCACGGAAUAGCACCCCAUACCUGGCAUCCCCACGUAUACGGCCCACCGGUAAAGACCCCAACGUCCCACAGCAUCGCUGAUAUUUUGGGGUACCGGAAAGAAAACCCAAGACUAGAUUACCUACCGGACUCGCAUCCUCCCCGGCUCGUCUCUGAGGACGAGCCGCUAAACCUCACCGUCAAAUCUUCUGUUGAUUACGGCAGCUCGCCAAAUAAAGGUGACAUAAUAAAGAAAUCAUCAUUUUACAACGAAAAGGUGUCUAAUGAUAACAGAGAGCAUUAUUUGACACCCAUAAAUGAUAUUCUCUACAGCUCCUCGAUGCUCAAAGAGUGUUAG